GACUUGCCUAGUUAAAUAAAGGUUAUACGCAACACACAAGCGCGAGAGUCACUCGGGAUCUCAUUAACUACCGGGCUCGAGGCACGAGUUCUGUUUCGUUCAUUGAUCCGCGUCUCUUUUAAAAACUCCUUUCUUGCCUGUUAUUCUCACUCACACACACCCGGUCGAUCCUAUCCCACACUAUGUAGACAGGUUCAGAAUCAAGAGAGCGCAUUUCUGAGAAGACGUGGCGUGAACCGGUUUAGUGUUUAUUUCUCUCUCUCGGUUAUGGACUACAUUUGAGAGCGAGAGGAGAGGGAGAAAAGAAAGCCUGAACCGAGAAAACAAAUGUCUCGGCUACUCUACAACAACAUCAUGGACUCUGUUCUCCUCUCAGUCGUUACGCUGGUAGUUGUUUUCACCUCCUCUUCCUACUCUCUUUCCUCCUCCGACGUCGUUCCCUCUCCUUCCUUCAAUCUACCGUUUACCGACUGUGUCCAGAGCCGCGGGAGAGACGGGUUCUACCAAGGGUCUGUGGACGUGACGGAGUCCGGUGCGGUGUGUAUGAGGUGGAGCGAGGUAGCGGGGUUUGAGGAGCGCUAUCCGGGUAGAGGGCUUGGGGAUCAUAACCGCUGUCGGAACCCGGACAACAGGAUCAGACCCUGGUGCUUCUUCAGGAACAGCCGCGGCAGAACCGACUGGGGCUACUGCGACUGUAAACAAGGGUCAGUGCGCCUGCAGGGCGGCCGCUCUAAGCUGGAUGGCAGGGUGGAGGUGUAUCUACAGGGGGUCUGGGGGUCUGUCUGUGGUGAUGACUGGGGAGAGCAGGACGCUACAGUGGUCUGCAGACAGCUGGGACCGGAUUUCUCUGGCCGAGCGCGCUCCUCCGCCCUAUCUCCUCGAGGGGGUGUGGUCAGAAUGCACUGGGGGGCGGUCCACUGUCAGGGGGAGGAGCCUGAUAUACUGCAGUGUCCCAGUGUUCCAUGGAACGGAGGGGAGUGUCCCCACGCUGCAGCCGUCAUCUGUACCCCAAUGGAAGUGGUAGCGUUGGUGCCAGUGAGGUUGGUGGGGGGGGUGUCAGCGUGGGAGGGGCGUGUUGAGGUUUUCCACGGGGGCGUGUGGGGAUCCGUCUGCGACGACCAAUGGGAUGAGAGCGACGUGGAGGUCGUCUGUCGACAGCUGGGCCUGGGGGGUGUAGCACGAGCGUGGGGUCAGGCGUAUUUCGGUGCGGGGUCAGGCAGGGUGUGGCUGGAUGAGGUGCGCUGCACGGGGAACGAGCUGACCCUGGAACAGUGUCCUAAAGCUGCCUGGGGAGAACACAACUGUCUCCACUCUGAAGAUGCAGGGGUCUCCUGUACCCCUCUCACUGAUGGUUCAGUGCGGUUGUCUGGGGAUAGUGGGAGCAGUGAGGGUAGGCUGGAGGUGUUCUAUAGAGGUCAGUGGGGGACGGUGUGUGACGAUGGAUGGACUGACUCCAACACACAGGUGGUCUGUGGACAGCUGGGGUACAGAUCAGGGGAGUCUCUUCCUCCUGAGGGGUCAGAGGUCGGCCCAGGUGGGCAGUUUCCGGCGGGGUCAGGCCCCAUCCUAUUGGACGAUGUGAGCUGUACGGGGAAGGAGCCUAGCCUAUCACUGUGCAGCAGGAGGGAGUGGCUUAGACAUGACUGUACCCACAAGGAAGAUGUCAACGUCCACUGUAGGGACAAACUCACACACACCCUGCACAAUGGUUCAGUGCGGUUGUCUGGGGAUAGUGGGAGCAGUGAGGGUAGGCUGGAGGUGUUCUAUAGAGGUCAGUGGGGACGGUGUGUGACGAUGGAUGGACUGACUCCAACACACAGGUGGUCUGUGGACAGCUGGGGUACAGGAUCAGGGGAGUCUCUUCCUCCUGAGGGGUCAGAGGUCGGCCCAGGUGGGCAGUUUCCGGCGGGGUCAGGCCCCAUCCUAUUGGACGAUGUGAGCUGUACGGGGAAGGAGCCUAGCCUAUCACUGUGCAGCAGGAGGGAGUGGCUUAGACAUGACUGUACCCACAAGGAAGAUGUCAACGUCCACUGUAGGGACAAACUCACACACACCCUGCACAGUGUCCCGGUGAGGCUGGUAGGAGGGGAGAGUGUUAAUGAGGGGAGAGUAGAGGUGUACCUCCAAGGGACCUGGGGGACGGUGUGUGACGAUGGAUGGACAGACGUAAAUGCAGAGGUGGUGUGUCGACAGCUGGGAUACAGUGGAGUGGCGAAGGCCCGUGUGAUGGCGUAUUUUGGCGAGGGGGAGGGGCCUAUCCAUGUGGACAACGUGAAGUGUUCCGGCGUAGAGCGUUCAUUGGUCGACUGCCUCAAACAGCCAACCGGGACGCAUAACUGUCGCCAUAGCGAAGACGCCGGGGUCAUCUGUGACUACGGCCAAUCACAGUUCAGCGACACAGAGGGCAAAGGUACGGUGGAGUCUGUGUUAGAUCCUGUCUGUGGGUUGAGGCUGAUACAUACACGCCAACGCAGAAUCAUAGGAGGAGAGAACUCACUGAGGGGAGGCUGGCCAUGGCAGGCUGCGGUGCGUCUCAGAGGCUCUCGGGGGGACGGAAGGUUGGUGUGUGGAGCGACUCUCAUCAGCUCCUGUUGGAUACUCACCUCAGCUCACUGCUUUAAGAGGGAUGGUAACAGUACUAAACAGUACAAGGUAAGGGUUGGAGAUUACCAUUCUCUGGUUCCCGAGGAGUUUGAGGAGGAGUACGCCGUCGAUCAGAUCGUCCUGCACCCUAGCUACCGUUCCCACAGCAACGACUACGACCUGGCCUUGGUGCGUCUGUCGCCGGGUGUGGCGGGGAAGGGCCGCGGUCGAUGUGUGGCGUUCAGUCGGCACGUUCUGCCCGCCUGUCUGCCGCUACGCAAGGAGAGAGUCCUGAAACAGGCUUCCAACUGUCACAUCACAGGCUGGGGUCCUCCAGGUCGCUCCUACUCUAAGACCCUCCAACAGGCUCCUCUCUCUCUCCUCCCCCGUCGUCAUUGCCAACAGCGUUACCACGGAGCCUUCACUAGCCGCAUGCUCUGCGCCGGGACAGACAGCCAAUCGGAGCGCCGCGUGGACAGUUGCCGUGGAGACAGCGGCGGCCCGUUGGUGUGUGAGCGUCCGGGCGGAGGGUGGGUAGUGUACGGUGUGACAUCGUGGGGUCACUCCUGUCGCACGCAACACUCACCUGGCGUCUACACUAAAGUCUCCGCCUUCACACCCUGGAUACACAAGGUGAUUGGACAAUGAGAUGGAUACAGAAACUGGAUCGUCAAGGUGAUUGGACAAUGGGAAGAAUAUAGGAAGUGGAUCUGCAAGGUGAUUGGACAUUGGGAUAAGGGCAUGAAGAGAUGACAGCCAAUGUGAGACAGUGGUAGAUAACGGACUGGCCAAUUGAGAAGAACUGUAUUUGGAGCUUGUGAUUUGAUUGGUUAAUAAAAUAAGCUGUUUAAACCAGUUGAAAGGCUUGACCAAUCU